AUGGAUCUGAUAACAGAGAAGAACUCGUUCUUCCCCACGCGGCCGACCCGCGCGUUGACUACCUGCUCCACUCCUGGCCCACCGUGCCGCACCCCGCCUGGCCUUCCCGCAGCUGCUGCUGCUGACCAAGUCCGGCCGCCGCCCCGCCUCCCGCUACUACCGCUGCCACCCCACGCGCGCUCGCCUCGAGCAGCAUCCGCCCGCGUCACCAUCGCCGCCCCGCGCCUCUGCGAGCAUCUCGCCUGGCCCGCCGCGCGCCUUGCUCCCUCGCCGCACGAGCGCGCACAGCAGCAAGCCAGGCCCACGCCCGCCGGCCGGGCCCCGCGCAUCCGUCCCCGCCCGCCUGCGCAGCACUCCACGGCCAAGGCCACCACCGCCCGUGCCCUCCACGCAUCCGAGCCGCACGCCUCUGCUCUGGCCGCGCGCCUUCUUCCGCUGACCCAGCUCGAUCCGCUCCAGCAAGAACAACCCGCGCUCAUCUCGUGCAAAUCUUGGUCAACGUGUCCUGGCCGCUCCUCCCUGUCCGCACCAUCGAGCGCCUCCUCCGCAGCACAGCGCCGCCGCCACUGCUCGCUCCGCCCACGCACUCCAGCCGCCGGGCCCCACAUCCUUGCAGUGCGCGCCGCCGCCGCAGCCUGCCGCGUCUCAUCACGCUCGCCAAGCUUCCGCCCGCGUGCACCCUCGCCGCCAAUCCUCGCUGCCGCUCGCCGCUCACUACCGCCAGGCCCACACCACGCUCGUCCUGCCCCGUCCCCGCGCGUGCCAAGGCUGCUUCGCCCGCCGCCCGCCCAGCUCGCAGCGACCGUCGCCAAAGCUGCUGCCGCCCGCGUCAUCCGUUUCCCUGCGCAGCUGCGCCUCAACCAAGCAGCUCCUUUCCCACGCACGCGCCCCGCCUUAGGCCCCGCAAACACCACGGCCACCGCGCGCAUCGCCCCGAGCUGCUCACGCCCGCCCCUCGCCAACCAGCUCGCGUGCAGCCGGCCGCCCGUACACCGCUCGCGCUGCACUCCCUCGAUUUCCUCAACCGGCAGCUCCAAAUCCACGCCAAAUCCGGUUGAAACCGGGCUCAAACCGGGCGGCACACCGGCAACCCGGUCGAAACCGGAGCUCGGACCGGUGCCAACCGGCACAAUCCAGGGGCUCUGCCCAAUUUUCGUCCAGUUUUGA